CAGAAAGAAAAAAAAAGUCGCUUCGCUUCCCCAGUUCGGGUCAGUCCCGCCCUAAACUAAAACUAACUUAAUCAACGCUUCGCUCUAAUCCGUUCUAACCCGCUUCUAAUCUUGACAGGGACUUCCCAUGAUGUCUUCUUCUAGAUCUUCGAAAAAGUCAUAAUAUUGAAGAGAGUUGCGACGUAUUUUAUUCCAUUUUAGGAAGAUACUGUUUCUUUUUCCAAGUCUGCGGGAAUCUUCACGUACUUAGUAUCUUCUCCUUUUCUAAUUAAUUGGGCCCAGCCACCGCCUCCAAUACUCCGUUGGAGAGAAGUUGUGUGACCUACUACGAACCUUUCGUUGCACGUUUCGCUGCUUGCUUUGCUUGCACUGCUUAUACGGCACUAUCACUUACUAUCCUCUAAACUAUUAUACAGUCUUUAUGACCUAUUAUCCCUUAGAUACAUCUCGGUAUAUGUGUCCGUUUACAAGAGCCUACUGCUGUACCCGGAAAUAUGUUUGGGUCACUAGUCACUGUCGUCCAAACUGGGGAGCUCGGUCCUCCGCCUAAGGAUGUACCGCCUCCCACGCCCAUCAGAUUGCCGCAAUGCAAUCCAGAACUGAGCAGAGAUCCUCAGCCGUCUCUCGUCCGAUUUUUGCAACAGUUGCAGCGCCCUGCCGAACUGUCUGAGGCUCACUUCGCCGCCCUUGGCGUUCACGUACAUGCCGAUGCCCCUGCCGAGGACGUCCUCCCGGACCCGUCUUACCUCCCCGUGUUCUCCGAAUGGGAAGGCGUGAGCCUGGACGAGGCAGCGCGUAGGGAUGAAACUUUCCGCCGACCGCUCUGUAACAAGGGCAAAUCCCCCGACGCCCGGUUCUUCCUGGAGCGCCGCGAUGAGCUUUCCCUACCCAACCAGGCUGCCUUCCGCACGGUUCGGCGCGUAAAACCACCGCAGGGGAAACAGCAGCCACGGCUCGGGAAUUCUUAUGAAUUUUAUAAGCAGAUGGAGCUUAUGGCAUCUUAUUGGGACGAUACUUCGCUACCCCCACUCGUCCCCGAAGAUGACGAAGAGGAACCUCCACCACUUCCACCGCGUCCCACAGACGCUAGUUCCGAGCAACCCGCUGCCGGUGCGGCCCCCGAGUCCAACGCCCGCUCCGAAGCGGAUCCCGAAGCCAAACCAGAGAAGGAACCCCAGCGCACGACCUACCGCACCAGCGCCGGGUCCCAGAUGCCGGCCGAGUUCCGCCACAACUUUGUAUCAGCUUUCGUGAGGCUCAUCGCCUACCCCUUCGGCUGUAACAUCAUCCCGCCCAGAGUCGAACCCCGCCUGCAGCUGCUCUCGCCGCCGUUCAGGAGAAGCUCCAACUCAAAGGGGCCUUUCUCGCAGACCGCCUCGUACUUCCCCUCCGGUUGCGUGUUCUUAUGCAAGUCGCCACUGACGCGCGAGGCCGCGCGUUCGGGCAUCGUGGAGGGACCUAUCGCAGCCGUGUCGGCGCGCAAUACGACGAACUUUAAUAGCCCUGCCGACUCCAACAUCGAUUUCGGUAGGGAGUUGGUGGCCGCGCUGAUCACGGCCCAGCAUAGAGCGCGCGAGGGCCAGCCAGAAAAGCGCUUCGGCGAGGGUAAGUGGUGGGCGACAGAGAAGCGAUGGGGUGGUGGCGAGGGCGGGCCCAUAGGUCGCGAGGUCGACGGGGAUUCCGUCGUAGGCGAUAAAGACGCCGCGGCACCUGGAGAGUCCGAAAACACCGAAGCUAGCAAGCCAGUUUCCUCCUCCUCCUCCUCCUCUUCUUCUUCUCAUCAGAAAGGCAAGCCAUCAUCACUACCCCUUAUCCCCAUGCGCGGACAACCCGUAAGCAAGAAGCCACGCAAGAAUAUGAGCAUCUACGACAGCUAUCGUAUGGUCCGGCUACCGUCGUCGAACUGGGAUAAGAAGACGGUGUACGCGCCGAUCGGCAAGGUCAAGGGGGUGGAAUACGACGACGUGUUUGUGCUGAGCAGUCUAUUUCACCACUUUAGCGUUCUUAGAGUCCGCGUGCCGAGAAAGCUGCUCGACGUCCUCGGUGGAGAAUGGGAGGGUAUCGUGGAAGCGGGGAUUGGGGCCGAAGGGGAGAAACUGAGGAGCUGGGGUAAGCUGGAGAUGUGGCGGAGUAGGUGGUUCGACUUGUUCAUCGUCGAAGAAAGGCUCGAGGCUAUGCGCUUGCUUUGGGGUAUGAUGGCAUGGGUUAUGAGAGUGGAUGAGGACGUCGUGAUGAAGAAUACUUAAGCCCAGAAUGUGUCUGGCUGGCGGGUGUGUGGUGGAAAAGGCCGAGGCCGCUUUGGGUUCGGGUUAAGAUGAAGAGGGCGGCUAAGAGCUCUCUGGAUCUAGACUUGGUGUGCGCCUUUUUUGUGCUGGGCAGAUUUGGGCAUUGCCCAUAGAUGUGAAUUAAGCAUGUAAUGAAUGUCACGAAAAAUUACUUUCCUUGAUUUGUUUCUCCGCAUGGCACGUAGUAUCUUCCCCUGUUCGGCCAUCUAUACCUACAUUGAUC